AUGAAUCCUUCCGAAGCAAAAGUAUUCAGUUCCGGAAUUUCCGGUUUCAUAUCUUCAAAAAAACGCAAGGAUUUUGCCUACAGUCGGCUUGAUCAAACAGACAAUGAUUCAGUGGAAUUCUCGAACGUCCAUUUUCAGAAAGAUCACACUCCUCUCUGUACCAAGCUCUUCUUUAGUCUCCUGGCCUUGAUGCUUUUAUUUGCAACUGUGGCAACGACGGUUUUUCUAAUGAACUGGAAACAUUUUACGGUCGAUCUUCGCUUGGAAGAAGGCAAUGUACGAGUUUAUAAAUUCGACCAGCAAGUCAAGAUCAAUGGCAACGAAGCUACCACGACAAACAUGUCUAUUGUUGUUUCGAUGCACGUCAUUAACAGAACUGAAGACGAUUGUUGGUUUGGAGUAGUUCUUAAUUUACCGAAGGAAUCAAAAACUUACUCUCGCUCCAAAGACUUUACAUUUCUUACCCACGUUUCAAACGCAGAACUUGUCGAUUUUCAGGAUGGCCCAGAAAACCAUUUUAAAGUGUUCGGAAAUCACCUUGACACCAACCAGGAGCUUUCGUUUUAUGUUUAUAAUGUCUUAAACCAACUUCUUCCAAUAAUCAAAGUGAAGCUUUACGAAUUUGUGCUCAGCAGACUGUCGAGCUCUUCCUCGAAUUUUGCAGUGACAAAAAACGUAUUUUUACCCGGGCUUGUCCAUCUUAAACGCACCAUCAUGACAAAACGUGAUACAGUCAUUGUAACGACCCGGGCUGGACCAGACGACUUUGAAAGCUUUUCAGCUGAUGAGAAAGGAAGAUCGACUUCAUGGAGGCUUUCAUACGACGAAACUACUGUUGUUGACAAGAGAACUGGGAUGGUUGACAGAGGUGAUGUGUCUGUCUCUGCUUAUCUCCCAAUAAGCUCUGAUUUCACAUCGGGGCACACGCGUAAACCCAUCCACGGAUUAGAGGUGUCUUUUCGAAGCACUGUGGAAUCGGUUGACGAAUCUGAAGCGGAAAGGAAAAAUUGGAGGGAAAUUUUAGAGAACGAGAAAGAUUUCAACCAGCUUCUAACUCUUCCCUCUGUUAAGGAAUCGGUGUUAUUGUAUUUUGCACCGCCGAAGGGUAACCCCCGGAAAAAGCCCUCAGAGGUUAUAAAAGAGCUGAUAAAAUUAAGCAGAAACUCUCACGGAAGAUCAACAAAACUUCCUCCAAUGAUUAAGAUUGAACAGUAUAGUACUGUAAAUGCUGAUGAAUCAGACGGAGCUGAAAACGAUUACCAAAACGAUGACGAUGAUGAAGAGUUUAGUGAUAACAGUGUUGAAACUGAUGAUGAUGAUGAUAGCGAAAAUGAUAACGAUGACGAUGAAAAUGUGCCAUACUGGCCUCAGCCGAAUUACGCACCAUAUGGAAUCGGUUACGAAGUCAAACGAAAGAGGUCUGUCACAGCAAGAAGAUCGCAGAUCAUCAAAAAAGCUGCCAGGAAAUCACGAACAGAACGGAAGACACCCGAAUUAGAUGAGAUCUGGGACGAAAUCACUUCCUCUGCCCCAGCUCCUAUCCGAGAACCUCCACGUGUCAUUCACUCAUCAAUCUUUGGGUUCGAUUUCCUUGCAGAGAUUGAUUACAGCGUUAAAGCCAAUGACGAAAAUGACAGUGAUAACGAUGAUGACAGUGAUAAUGACAACGACGAGGAUUGGUCUGUAACCACUAGUUACCAGAUCGCAUUGAAACAGUACCGUAUAUCAGCCUUCAGUAAAGUUCACACAUUGAGCGCGCUAAGAAGCAAACUGCCACGAGAAGGGCAACAGAAGACUAGUCGAUGGACAGUUGAUGCCGGUGACUUCGUAAGUCAAAAAAACUAAGAGCAAUUUCAAUUGACUUUUGAAAGUUAUUCGGGAUUGCGUGAUUUUGUUCUCAACGCACGCUGUGAUUGAUCCAGAGAAGUCACGCCAUCCUCUCAAACAAAAUGAGACUCGGUCACCCGCGCUUGCCUAUAAAGAAAUUUUCAAUUGAGCGUUGAAAGUAAUCCGGUAUUGCGUUAGUUUUACUUAACUUUGCUCAGUGAUUGGCCCAGAAAAGUCACUGAUUUUGCUUUCACUGCACGCUGUGAUAGCGCUCUAGGAAAGUCACGCCAUCCUUUCAAUUAGAUUCAGAUGCUUUACAACGCGCCAAGCGGUUUGGUUGUUUUCGCUUUGAUCUCUGAUUGGCUAAUGAUAAUUCAAAUCUUCACUCUGAUUAGUCGUUGUUAUUGCUUUGGUUUAAGUUUUUCGACACUCAAUUGAAACUUGCUCUAAACCAUUCAGACUUGCUUGUUUUUACUCCAAGUUUUAAUAAGCUUUUGUGAUAUUUUCUCUUAAUUUCUCUGAUUAGCUUCCGGGGCUAUAUUCUGUUUUAGGUUUUACGACAAAGAUUUGCUAACAAAGGUUUCUUUAAUGUUAUGCCCAUUUACUUUACCAGGUGAUGUGCAUUCCUCUGUUUUACCUUCAACGUCUGUGUGGAGCCAUUCGACUCACCUUUGAUAUAACAGUUAUUUACAGCCUACCUCGACUGUCCUUGUCAUAUCCAGUUGAACUGAGUGUCCACAUUGGACAGACAGUCACCACCAACGCUACUUUGUCUGGACACGCCUCCACGUGGUUUCACAAGAGCGGAUUUUACACCAAAGGUAAAAUUCAUUUUGGGCUUUGUAAUACGGCGCGACCACGUAUUUUCCUCCACGCUUGCUUCAAAGUUUAGCUUAUUUCUGAGAGUACCCACUUUACUCCUCCCUCCAUGGUGAUCCCAGGGGUAACAGAGAAUUAUUUUGACGAGGUUUGAGAUGUAUUUCACGAGAUACGUAGUAUGAUACAUCCGUCAUUACAAGGUCUGCAUCCCAAGUACUGACUCGCGUAUCUUCCGGAGCUAAUCUCCAGAGGGGGGGGGGAUACUUACUUUUCAUAAGUUAACUUGAAUGUACCACUGGAUAGGGUCGCAUUUUCACGACUGGAUUUUUCAUAGUAGGGGGUUCUAAAAGACCAACGGCACCUACCCAACAAAAUUUGAUUUACUUCCCAGUAUAUUGUAAGUUCCCCUCACAUUUACGGACCGGUCAUUUGGGGAUCAGAGGAUUUGGUUUGUAUCACAACAAAAUUCAGCUGAUUCCCUCAUAACUCAUUAAGCUCUGUAGCAUUCUGAUGAUCUUCCCUCGCUGGCAGUCAAUCUUAUUUUACGUUUCUAUCAUCAUAACUUGGCAGAAUCCAGUGCCUUUAAAAUAAUUCAUGAAUUUUCUAUUUUUUUUUUUUGUCAACAGGAACCGUUGCCAUGGCAACGUUACCAGUGCGGUUGUCUUUCAAAGAGGACACCUCACCCGAAUGGUGCGUCAAUGGGAAUCUUGAGCAAAAAAUGGUUCGCAUCGACACGGUGCCCCGGUCUUCUUGGAAUUGUUCUCUGGAUUUUUUAAAGUUCGCUGACACUUGCCUUGGGCUCUCAGCUAAAAACACAUCUCUGCUGACCUUUGAUCUUCAUUACAGCUCAGCUGAAGGAACGAUGUUUGACAACUGGCAUUACCCAGUUACCUGUGUACAUCAAAAGGGUUAUUUUCCAAACUGAAAUAGCACAUCCGGAUAAACGUUGUAAAAAUCAUAUACGAGAUAAAUAUCCAUUAAGGACUAAGCACUAGUGCCCUGGCCCUUUCAGCCAGCUAUUUUCGCUUAGAGCCUGGGAUCGA